UCGGCCACAAUGCCGGUCUUCCAGGCAUACUCGCCCGCAUUGAUGGCGACGUCCCAGAAACGCGGGUAUUUAAAGUAGUCAAACGUGACCAGGUCGUCGAUGAGGCCGUUGUGCACGAGUUGGUCGAGGACGGGCAGUUGGGUACGGUUCAUGCCAAUGUUGUAGACGACGAUGCGUGGGAAUGGGUCGACUUGGUCGCGCAGCGCGUCGAGUGAGUACAAAAAGUUUUCGAGCGAGCAAAGGUGGUUGGCACUGCUGGCGGUGACGAUCGUGUAUGGGAAGUCUUUGCGUUGCUUUGGCGCUGCUGCUGCUGCUGCUGCUGCUGGCUGCUUUAGGGUGAACGGUGUGUCGAUUUCGUCGUCGGCGGUGCUGAUGACGAUGGUCUCUGGUGGUACUACACCUCCCACUGGCGGCGACUGGCAGACCUGUAGGUCCGAGGCACAGCUCGCGACUAUUAUAAAGAAACGCGUUAGUCAUUCUUGUUUCUCCUUACGACGACAGCAGCACCCACCCCCAACUUACAGUCUUGUUUUAACACCGUAUCAAUGCCGAGUGAACAAAUCAAAAAGAAGCCAAACAGACAUCCGAGAGCCAGCUGCAUGGCAAUCUUCUUUUUGGAGAAGGCGGGUUUGGGUGGCGAUAACGUUGGAGGCAAGCCCAUGAUGUAAUGUAAUGGAUAAGAGAGUGCGGUAUUAAAGUAAGUAGACUUGCUCUGAGGAAAAGAAGAAAGAAAAAAGGGGGAGGGGAAAAAAGAAAAAGAGCCUCUUUUUAUACGGUGCGAACAAUGGGGGAGGCGGGCGGGGCGAAGUUUCCCAGUGAAAAAAGACUAUUUAAAGAGAAUGUUUUUUUUUUGCUACGGGAUCGGAUCCGUUUUGUGUAACGCUUU